GCCUGGCAGCUGUCAUUUGUCAACGCACAUCAAGGACAGGCUUGGACGUGAAUAAGGAUUCACAACGAACAGAGCUGCUGUAUUCUGCAGAUGACCAAUUCUUAUUAUUGAGCCGAGGGAUCUUUUGCAGCAUGUCGAUAAAAAAUGAACAAGUCAGCAAUAUAUCUCUCAAAACAGAUCCGACGAAAUCAAUCGGCGUGGCUUAUGAUCUGGAUUUGGCAAGAAAAUCAAAUGCGUCAGAUGAGAAAUUACAAGUCACUCGAUUCGCAUGGACGUUUACUCGUCAGUGCAUAAAUGAUUUACAAGAAGUAUCCGAUUCCUUUGCACUCAGCGGUAUAGAUGAGUGCACCUGCAAACUGUCCGUUAAUCCACAGGACCCAAAGAAUUCUUUAGCUAUCGAAUUUUCAGAUACGGCACUUAUUCGAACAAUUGAAAUGAUAAUUUCUAUAGACCCGCCACUUGAACGUUUUAAGCAUAAAUACUGCCAACCAGUUCCGAGAUUCGUUCAUAUUUUAGAUAUUCCGGCAGCCAACGAGGUCCAAUCGAACGUUCUUACACAGUCUAACUCUGGUCACACAAAUAAUUUUGUGCUACGUAUUUCAGUAUGUUUUGCUAUCACGAAAUUUUCCGAAUUUGAAAGGCCAAUCAUCCAAAAAUCGCGAUCAAAGAUUGCAACAACUAUGAAAAGCAUGUUCGAUACUAAAAUAUUUGCUGACGUCAUUUUUGACUUUGGUAACAACAAAGAGUUGUUCGCUCACAGGGCUGUUCUUGCUACACAGAGUGAAGUUUUUAGAGCUAUGUUUCAAAGUGAAAUAGCAGAUAAAGAGAUAAGCACAGUGAAAAUUGUUGACAUACAAUUCGAAAUAUUUGAGGUAUUUCUUAAUUAUUUGUACACUGGGCGAAUGCCCCAUUUGGUACAUGUAAUUGAAGAAAUGAUUCCAGUUGCAGACACAUAUGAAGUUAAUGAUUUAAUAAGCUUGUGCGAAACUUGCUUGUUAAGAAAUCUUCGCAAAGAAACUGCUGGGAGAUACCUUCUCAUUGCAGAUCGACACACUUGCAUCGAUUUGAAACAAAAAGCACUCGGAGUUCUUCAAAACAGUGUUAGUGCACUAGAGCAAGUAAUUAUAAACGAAAAUCUCGAGACGUUGGAGCGCUUGAAAAAAAUAUUGACCGACAAUUCUUCAAAAAAGCAGUGAAUUUUGAUCUGACAAAUGACAGAAUCAACUUUUUUAUUUUUUCAUUUUUAAGUUUUAUGGAAUGCAGUGAACCCUCAUGUUAAGCUCACUUGUACAAUGGCAAUUGAAAUAUUUUUUAAUGCACAAAUGGCUGUGGAAAGUAUGAGAAACAAGUCAUGAAGAUGAGAAUCAUGAAUCGAUGCACCAUUGUUCGUUACAGAUUGUUUAAUACGGCUAAGGAAUCUCAUUCGAUCUCAUUUGAUUAUAAAAUCAUUUAUAAUGCGAUGUAUUUUGUCUUCACAUUUGGUAUCGUCACUAAAAUAAGUCGUAAUUAUAAUGGCAAAAAUAAGCCACACAAAUUAGACUAAUUGUUGAGUGAAACGCAUUAUUGGAAAGGACAUUUAUCGUUCAUUUUUUAAAUCCGUUGCAUUUCAUUGCUUCUAUGUAUUUAUCGAGUCAACCAAUUUGUUUUACUUCGUUUUGAAUCCGACAUAUUCUUUGGAUCACGAGUAUUUCAUAAGGACCGAAAAAAAUGAACACAAAUUCUCUAGUACACGAACAUUUCAAGAAGACCAAACAUAGAAUUAAGUUCUACUUAGUUUUUAACUUUUAAUGUAAUAAGGAAAAGCGACUGAAGCGCAAUUUUUGAUUAUUUCGUUGAAAUUUUUUUUUUAAUUUCAUUGUUAUUCAGAAUAAUCGUUUCAUUCGACUACAAAGUUUCAAGUUCAGUUUCAAAAUUAAAAACUUGCAAAAUUGGCCACUUUAAGCUUAUCUUUGAUAAUUUUUUGUCAUGAGGUUUUUUUUACCAAUCAAUGUGACAAAAAGAAAGGUACUAUUUUCGAAAAAAUCGAUUUUUUCCGUUAUUCCAGAAUAAUGUAAGGAAAUGGCAAGUGAUUAUAUUUCUUAUAGAUUCUUAAUUCUCGGGAUAAUUCGAUAUUGAUCGAUAAAAAUAUUUCACUCGCGUUUCGUUCGUUCUUUCGUUACAUGAUUUUUUUCUUUAUUCAUUUCACAUUUCAUUUAUUUAUCCUUAUAAAGUUUUUGUUCAAGGAACAUGAAACUUCGAAUUAUUUUGAUCGUGCUUGGAUUUUUUCAAUUAUUCGACUUGUGUAAAAAUCCAAAACAAUUUUCAUUUCACAUUUAUUGUUGGUUUUUUCAAUAUGCUUUUCAAAUUCCACAUCGUGAUUUUUGUUUGUAUCUUUAUCAUUUGUGUCUAUUUUCAUUCGAUUUUUUUGCCGAAUAAGUAUCUUCAUUACUAUAACUGCGCUGUUGGAAUAAAAUUCGUCAUAAUUUGAGUCAUAAUAGUAAUCGAUUAAGUAUUUGAGCGAUAAAUUCAUCACUUUUUUUCCGUAGCGCAUAAGACUUGUGAGCCUCACGUGAGGUCCUUCGACACAUUUUGUGAAUGCUAAGAAUUGUUAAAUGAUAAAAUUCUUCGAACACGUCAAAA